AUCCUGGUCUCAAACUUUGCCUCAAGCACCCCUCCUGCCUCAGCCUCCCAAAGUAUUGAGAUUACUGGUGUGAGCCACCAUGCCCAGCCUCCAGUCCCUUUUUAUAACCUUGCUGUGGUAGCAUUUAAUUAAAUUUGCUAGCAAGUAACUUCUUAAGGAUUUCUUCUUCUUCUUUUCCCUAUACCUAAAUCUGGUGGUAUACCUCUUGACAGUUCCUAACAUUCGACCUACUACUUAUAAAUAAUAUAAGAACUUAAAAACAAGAACUAAAUGUCAAAAAUCUAGGCUAAUCGUAUGGUGAAUAAAGAAUAAAAUGACUGUCUUUUUUCCUAUAUUUACUAAUAUUUUUGAAGUACAAAUGUUAACAAACUUAAUUUUUAUGUCUUUUAUAACAACUUUUAUUUUGCUAUAUAUCCUCACUUCUUUGAUACCAUAGUGUUUCUCAGGAGAAAUACCAGUAAGUAUAUUUCUCUCUUUUAUUUGUGAUACAAAUAUUAAGAAUCACUGAUAGUAAUAUAAUCACUUUGAUUAUACGUGAAUGUGUGAAUGACUGGGUGUGUGUGUAUGAUGUAAAGUUUGUAUAGCUCCCUGACAAUUUUUAGACAUAUGAAUUAAACCAUUUCAUCUUUACAUGUUUUAUAGUCUGAUCAGGGUUCCUUUGCACAACAUUAUACUUUACUUUUAAGAAUAUACUAGGGACAGUCAACCCAGAAUGGCAGCAAGUAGAUGAUUUUUAUGCCAGGGAGGUAGUUGCUCAACAGGUAAAGCUCUUGGUGCAUUCGUGGAAUAGGCAAAGUGAUUUUGGGCUUCUUUCUUCUUUGUUUCAUCCAGUUUUGCUAUUUAUCUUUUGUCCCCCUAGAGCCCAAAGUCUCUGCACUAGUAUUUAUUUCUAGCCUACCUUCUAAAAUGUUAUGAUUGCUUCAUUUUUAUUUACUUCACCAACAGUUCUUCCUUUACUAGAAUAUCUUUUAUGUUUUAUGUAAGUCUGAAUAAAGUAAUUUUUCUAAAUGCUAAUGUAAAGCAUUCUAUUUGCUCAUCAAACCGUCCCCUGUAUGGCUGGUGAGGAAGAUGGUCCGCUAGUCAACGAAUUAAUGUUAGAGCCUAGAUUGAAACCUGGGUUGUGUGAUUACUGGUUGAUCUUUUCACUCCUUUGUCUUUAAUAAAGAGGUUUAUAAAACUGUACUAGUUGAAUGAAAGGUUUUUUUGCUUAUUUCUCUUUCCUUCAAGGUUAGAUAUAGGGCCAACAUACUUGGUAGAAAGAUUAUCAUGCUGUAUGUGAUAGAGGGGUGUGGGGGGGGAUGGAGUUUUAUUUUUUCCUUAAGAUAAUAAUUCUUUUUCUCAUGAUUAUUGAAGUAUUAUGUAUACAUUAAAGAUUUAAGGAAGUAUAAGGAGGAAGAUAGUAAUGAUUAUCUUCAUAUUAUCAUUCCAGUCAGAAGUUAGCUACUUCUAAAAUGUUGUGUUUCCACUCUGUAGUUUUGCGUAGAUAUUAACAUUUAAAAGUGAAACUUGAGGUAUCUCUCAUUGGAAGAAUGGGAAAAAAGCAGACUUUUUACCAUUUUAGGGCCCUCUCAUGACCAUUCUCACCUAAUCUUGGUCCUCUAAGUCUCUGAGAAGUCCUCCAGUCUCUGAGAAGGCUCCAGUUUGUUCUGUCUUAUUUAAUUGAGCAGUUCUGAGUCUUAUUUUUACCAGGGAACUUUGUUUUUCAAUUUUAAUAUAGAUCGUGUGGAGAUGUGCUGUUAUGUAGGAGUUUGCUAUCAAAGUGUGGUCCACAGACCAGUGGUGUUAGCAUCACCUGGGAGCUUGUUAGAAAUGUACAAUCUCAGGCCUCACUGAGGACUUACUGCAUCAGAACCUGCACUUUAAUAGGAUCUUUAGGUUAUUUAUAUGCACAUUGAAGUUUGAGAAACACUGCUCUUUUUUUUCCAGAUAAGAUAGGUGGACAGGGGUCUGAGGUAUUCAUCCCACUUUGAGCUGCUUUUUCCAAAGAGCUUUUCUCUCACGUUUUUGUGUGUGCAUCUGUGUGUGCAGGCAGGGUUGUAUGUAUAGGCAUGUGCCUGGGCAUGCAUAUGUGUACAGGAAUGUGGGUAUGUGGGCAUCUCUCUGUGUCUAUAUCCCUGGUCCCCCUAGUCUGUUCAGCAGAUACUUCUCUGAAUGAGCUUAAUGAACUCUCAUGUCCAAAAAUGCUUUCUCUGUUAUACUUCCUAUCUCUUACCGCUGCUCCCAAUAUCCGUACACAGCUGUACAUUCCUUCAACCAUACAGCUCAUCGAAGGACAUCUUUGGGAAGCCUCCUGUGAAAGAGCAAGCUUCAGGAAAUAAGAGGGUAAAGAGGAGAGAGGUUUGCCUGUUAGAAUCAAGUAACAAGCUUUUUGUGGUAGAAGAGACCUGACUUUCCCUCAGGAGGGCCCAGUGGUUUCAAAUUGUGUUGACUGGAUCCCUAUGGUUUCGUGGAAUUGGCUCAGUGGGAGCAAGCAAGUGGGGCUCUGUGGUUGCCCACUUCACUUCAUCCAGAUCAUUUAUACUAUUAUAUAUUUUAUUAGGAUUUCUCUUAAUUUUUAUUUUAUGUGUUUUGCAAAACAUUUUUUGUGGAAAAUCACUGCCCUGUUUUACCACUCAAAUUCUAUUCAUCUCAGGCUAGGUUAAUUGUGACUGGACUACCUACCCUCACAUUUCAAAAAGAAGAGGUAUUAGUGAGUUUUGUAGGGUGGCAGGAGAGAUUUGAAGCUUUCUUUCUUGAAAGCCCUUUCUCUUUCCCUCCUUCCCUAUAUCUUUCCUUUUCUCCCCCCACUCAUCAUCUUAGACACAUUUGUUCUGUUUAAGGACCAAAAUUAGUAAGGCUUAGAGCUGCAUAAUCGACUGAUUAAAUUAGUAAUGAGCACUAUAACUUACAGAUGAAACAUUUGUUAAAUUCAUAAUGCUGUCAAAUAAUACAUUUUGAUAACAUUUAAUAAGAUUAUUUUGGGAGACAACCAUAAUCCCAAAAGAUACGGUCCUGAAUGCCAUAAUCUCAAAUGUUGAAAUCCUGAAAAAUCAACAUCCUUAAAGUCUAAAAUCCCCCAAAUCACAAUCCUAAAAGGUCAAAAUCCCAAAAAUGUAUUCUGGAAAAAAUAAUACAUUUUUUAAAAGACACAUAGAUUUUAAAAAGGGGAUUUAUUUGAGAAACAGAUAAAAAACAGAACAAUUCAUAGGCCAUUUUACGCAGUAAAAUAGGCAAUAACAUUUUUGCAAGCAUAGAUACUCAGGUAUACUAACAGUCAUGCAGAUACAACAGUUAAAAGCAGACCAUAUUCAUAAGUCAAAAAGGGAAAUGUAUAAAUGCAUAUCACUGUGGUUGGUAAUUGUGUGCACCCAGCUUUAUGACUGCAGUAAUCUGAAAUACCAUGAAAUACCUAAGCCUUGAUGAGAUCGAUAAUCAUCUGUGUGUGUGUGUGUGUGUGUGUGUGUGUUUCCUAGUGGCCUGAUGUAGACUGUCACAUAAAAAUUUGGACCUUACCAGUAAGUUUUAACGUCUAGAAAGUACUCUGGUAGUGUAAUAGGAGUAAGCAGUAUAUAUAGACUUAAGAAUUAAGCAGGUAAAAGCAGAAUUUUUUACUGUUUUCCAUAAAGAAUACAUCUGUUUUCAAGGUUGGGAUUGUCUGAGCAUGGUCGUGGUCUGUUUUAGGCCACUGUGCCCUUUUAUAUAUUAUGCUGUUUCUUCGGCCCUCCACUUCCCCAUCCUCCACAAUUUCAUGGUCUUUAUGAUCAUUCAAGCUUCAUCUCUGAAGGCUAAGCAUUCCCUUGUCUCUAGGUCAGAAUGAAUGUCCUCUCAAUUACUCUUAAAGCAUUCAAUGCUAAAAGUGAUGAUGUAUUUACACAGUGUAUUGAAAAUAUUUUGUAUUCGUUUCUUUCCUUCCUGAGGGCCAUACCAUUGGUCCAUUAUCACAUUUCGGUUUAAAUCCCCUCCUUGACAUUCAUAUUCUUGUGGUUUUUUGGUCGUAAAUAAAUGUAAGUAAUGAAAUGAAUUUAGCACAUUUCUUAGUUAAUAAUAAGGAUAAUUGUAAUAAUAUUUUAAAAAUUCUCAAUGCCUAUCACAAUGCCUUGUGUAGGUACUGAUAAUACUUAAAUGAACUGCAAAAGGCCCUUUGUUAUAUAUCUGAUUCUGUUGCUGCUUUAAACUGCUUUCCACUUCUUGUUUUUUUUUAAGGAAUAUUUAUGUAAUUUCAUAAUUUUGUGAGUUAGUUGGAAUAUGUUUAAUUGUACCCAUUUUACUGGGUAGAAGAACUUACGUCAGUCUGAGCUACCUGCAUGUUCAAUUAUCAGCAGUUUUAAAAAUGUUUUCUUUUACCGUCAAUAUAAUGCAUGAUGGAAACCACAGCCGAUAGAUUUUAUUCUCUCUUGUGUCAUGCUUGCUUACUUGCUGAAUCUUAACUAGAGGCAGAGAAACCAUUUAGUGGCAGCCAUUUUAAUAGUCUAGGCAAGAGGCACUAAUGUCCUGAACAAGGGGAAUGCCAGAUAGGAGAGAGAGAUGAAUGUAUAGAUGUGUUUAGGAGAGAUCUGUAGGACUUGAUGGUUGAUUGGAUAUGGUUGUGGGAGGGAGGAAGUUGGGUUGUAGUGAAGGGGAGGUAUCAAGGAUGAAUCUCAGGAUUCUGGCUUAAGCCGUUGAGUGAGUGGUGUGUGUUCUCACUGAGAUAGCAAAUAGGAAGACAGGUUUAGGGGAAGGUAAUAGUUUACCUAUAGAUUGGUUGAAUUUGGGGUGCCUGGGGAAAAUCUGAGAGGGAAGAUCUGUGAAGCAGUUUGGAUAUGUUGGGUAAGGCUUAGGAAGGAGGAAAGGGCUGUAAAUACAUAUUUGAUAGUCAUUAGUACACAUGAUUUGAGUUGAAGCUGUAGGAGCGGGUAAGACAGAUGAGGGAGGGAAUAGAUUGCAUACCAUGAGAAAAGAGACCUAGGAGAGACUUUUGAGGAACAUCUUUAUUUUUUUUACAGUGGUAGGAGAAGAGCAUCCCACAAAGAAGAAAGAAAUGGAGAAGGAAAAGAAAAUUAAUAGGGAGUAAGAAACCCGGGAGAGUGUAACAAUACAGAAACAGAAGGAAGAGGAUAUUUUCAAAAAGACGGGGGUCAUUAAUAUACACACAAUGAAGACUUUUUAAGAAGCCUGCAGUCAUCCUAGGGCUCAACUGAGGAAAGAUCCAUUUGCAAGUUCACUCAUGUGGUUGUCAGCAGACCUUAGAACACCUGCUUCCACAUUAACUCACAGAUCCACAUUGUUUGAAGUUAUUGUGAAUGCCUCGAAGACCAAGGAACCGUUGAAAUUUCCAAUUUCAGGAAGUUCCAGUGGAUGCCCAUCGGGAAGAUUCUCAUGCUGGACAGAAGGGCAAGAGAGGUGGAUCUGUGAGGGAAAAGACCCAAUAGGAUAACUCAAGUUACUGUAAAGGCUACCUUUCAAAUAGCAAGCAUCAUGCUUAAUAGUGAAACUUCGGAAACAUUCUCAUUAAAGCCAAGUAUAAGACAGAUAUAUCUCUAUCAAUAAACAAAAAAGAAAGAAAAUCCAAAAGGAUUGGAAAGGAAGAGAAAUGAGAGAUAACAGGAAGAGAGCCUGGUUACCAUUGGGUGGAACAAUCCUGCCGGCUCAAGCCUCUGCCUAGAAAUUUGGGUCAUUCUCUUUUUUGGACAGUCUGUCAUUGCUCUGAACCAGAAGGAUUCCUUACAUGAUGACUUACAUUUUUAUAAGGAAACCUCGACCUGUCUCCCAGUUGGUUGCACAGCAGGUUACUCAGCAGUUUGUGCCUCCUACACAGUCAAAGAAAGAGAAAAAAGAUAAAGUAGAAAAAGAAAAAAAUGAAAAGGAAACAACUAGCAAAAAGAAUAGCCAUAAGAAAACCAGACCAAGAUUGAAAAAUGUGGAUCGGAGUAGUGCUCAGCAUUUGGAAGUUACCGUUGGAGAUCUGACAGUCAUUAUUACAGACUUUAAGGAGAAAACAAAGUCACCACCUGCAUCUAGUGCUGCUUCUGCAGAUCAACACAGUCAAAGCGGCUCUAGCUCUGAUAACACAGAGAGAGGAAUGUCCAGGUCAUCUUCACCCAGAGGAGAAGCCUCAUCAUUGAAUGGAGAAUCUCAUUAAAGUUUAUUUUCUCCAGUUUCUUAGUCACUUCUGUCCUACCAUGCAAAUACACAGAUUAUGCCAAGAGGUACCACAUUUUCAUGACAAAUACAUUCAUGCACAAUUCAUAAUUUGAGUUUUACAUAAAAUAGAAAUUUGUUAGAAUUUGUUAGAUUUUAUUGCAACUAUGCCUACCAAACAUUUCCAGACUUAACAUUUUGGUCUCUGCAGUUAAGUGCCAUGAAAAUGUGGUUGAAUUAUUCAUUAUGCAGUGUUAUUGGUAAGUGUAUUUUCACUUUUAGUUUAGUGAAUUCUAACACAUAAUUCUUGAAUUCUCUACUAUUGGCAUGUAACGAAUUUAAAUUUUUUAUAACAUAGUGCAAGCUGCCUAAAUAUGUAUUAUUUGAAAAUUGUGAAACAGAUAGUUAUAUGUAUACAAGUCAAAGAUCAACUUAACUAUUGCUGCAACAGGUUUUUCUUAAUGGUUAUCCUCUUAAAUACACCUGCUGGUACUUGGUGUGGUUAAAUAGGAAAAUUGUUAUUAAAUAAAGAAUUUGUAUGAACCUUUGCCAAUGUUUUUGACACGUUUUACUAAUUAUUGUUCCUGAAUUAUGUUUCUGGCUUUAUCCAUUUGUUGAGGUUUUUUUGUUUGCUUAUUUUUCAAAACAUUCAUUUAUUAUAAUGUUUACUAGCAGACUAGUAAACAAUAAAGCAUUGAUUAUUUAGCUUUAUAAUUCAGGUUUAGUGCUAUUGUCAUUGAACACUGGUAUUUUCUGUAUCAUAUAAAACAUUAAAAUUCAAAUAAUUAUAAGCAUUUGGCAAAAACGAGAAAAGAAACUUGCCAUAUUUUACAAGCUGCAAUUUAGAAAAGCUUUAACUUAAUGAUAGUUUUAUCACUGUUUUCUUGUCCCAAACUUAUCCAGGGCCAUAGAUGCAUGAAUCUAAUUAAAACAGAAAUGGGAAUUGUUGCACAGAAAUGGGAAAUAGCUAAUUUUAAAUCAGUCUGAUUGGCCUCUUACUAAAUAUAACAAUUCUUAUGAAAAUCAUAGUACCCUGUUUUCAGACACAACUACCAGUUUACACAUUUCUCAGUAUCCUGAAAGGAAAAAAGUAUAGCCCCACUUAUACUAUGUAAAAUUACCAAUAAAAUAUUUUUAUGACUACAGAUUUUGCCUUUUUGUUUAUGACUAUUAAGUGUUUUAUUUAGUAUUUAGAAUUUCAACCUGGAAACCACACAGUACUUAAAUUCUCCUGGGGUCUCCUGCUUUCUCUUAACGAUUUGCUUAAUAUAUAUCUACCUAUAGGAGACUUCUGAAUUGUAAAUGGACUUAAAAAUAGAAUGUGGAUACAAAAUAUCACAUAAGACAUCAUGAUAACAUUUGAAGAAAAAAUAAAACUGUAGACCCUAACAGUUGUGAUAUUUUGUGGUUUCGUGUGGUAAUGUAAUUUUCUGUUUAAUUACAGUACUUUUUACAGGCACAGUGGUACUGUCUUUUUUGUAAGAUGCUAGUUGUGAAAUACAAUUGCAUACAGUAAAAGUCUGUGAUUAAAACAUUUAUAUACCUCAUUCUUUAGUGUUGUUAAAUGAAAAAUUAAAAUUUGUGUGUGUUAUAAGAUACGUUCAGUGGAAUACCAACUAACCAGAUAUGUUCCUUUAAAACACAAUAUUUUUGUCUUAUUCUGUUUUUAACAUGUUUCAAAUGUUUUAUAUAUACAUUUUUGGACAGAGUAAAAAUUUAAAAAUGUUAAUAGGGAAAAUACUUAAUUUUUAAGUCAAAAACUAUACUUUAAAGGCAUUACAUCUAUGAUCAAAUACUUUCAGAAUGUAUUUUAAAUGAGCUGCAAGAGAGAAAAAUCUGACAGGAGAUGGGAUUUUACCUGAAUGGAGCAUACUCAUAUUUCUACAUAGGUGGGUAGAUACUCAUCUUUCUACAUAGGCAGGAACACAGUAUAGCAUGGAGAUUAAACAUGCUAACUGACACCUCAUGUUUGAAUCCUGUUGUAGAAUGGAAAUGAGCUUAAAUUACCCAAGCUUACUUUCCAUCUAUAAAACAGGACUAAUGGUAAUCACAUCUAAUUUAUAGGGUUGUUGGGAGGAUUAAGUCAAUCCAUGUAAAAUUCUUAAUUAUCUGACACAUACUGGUCACUCAGUAAAUGUGAGCUUUUACUAUUGUUAUAGGUAAAAUCCCAUUACAAAAAUACAAAAAUAUUUUUUGUAACAAUUAUUUUCAUGCCCUCUUGGAUGACAUAAAGUAAUAGUGUUUUAUAGAUUUCAUUAAAUUUUCAGUAUAAUAUCAGAUGUUUUCUCUGGACGCAGAAAGACCAUCUUUCCAUAAUUAAAGAACCUAGUGGGUGUGCACUAUGAGAUUGAAGAAAUGAAUUAAGUCGACUAGUUUGAAAGUGUUUUACUUUUAUUAAUCACAGGUAUCUCAACCUGCCUUUGUUUCACCCUACCUCAAAUACUCUUCCACACCAGGAAAACAAAUGCAAAUUCCAUAAAUAGAACUGAUGUUAAAAUAUGCAGAAAGAUUCAGAACCUAGGUUUAGGGUACAUAUUUUGCUCUGUUUCAUGAACUUACAAGGUGGUUUGAGCACUGGGUUCCUUUAGCCAAAUUCCAUACAAAAAGAACUUGGGUGUUUUCCAGCAUUUAUUACUUUACUUUGCUAUAAGUAAGAGUGAAGAUCCCGGGUGCGAUGGCUCAUGCCAAUAAUCCCAGCACUUUGGGCUGAAGCGGGCAGAUAUUUUGAGCCCAGGGCCAGCCUGGGCAACAUGGUGAAAGCUUAUCUCUAUUAAAAAUAUAUAUAUGUGUGUGUGUGUGUGUGUGUAUUUAAAAAGUGAAUAUACUUUGAGGCAGAAGAAUAAUCUUAAAACCUUUUGUAUUAUACAAUAGAAAUAGUUAAAGGUUUUAUUUUUAUUAAAUGCUUUCCUAAAACGAUAGUGGAUAAUAGACAAAGCGAAACAUUUAAAAAGGAAGAGAAACUUCAGCCUUUCUACGUUGAUAGCAUGUUUAUUAACUUUUAAAGAUCCUCAUAGCCUAAAAGAAUGUAGCCUCUGCAUAUUAUAUGCAUUAAUGGUAACUGGUCUAGAAGUUUUUGUUUCCACUGAGGCUUUCCCCACGUGCUUUUUAAAACUUCCUACUAUGGUUUGGAUAUGGUUUGUCCUCACCAAGAUUCAUGCUGAGGCCUGAGUCCCCAGUUUGAUUGUGUUGGUAGGUGGUGCCUUUAAGAGAUGAUGAGGUCAUUGCGAUGGAUUAAGGGCUUUCUCAUGAGGCUCAGUUAGUUCUGGAAUGGAUUCACUCUUGCAGGAAUGGAUGAAUUCUCACAAGAGUGGGUUGUUACAAAGUGAGGAUGCUUCUUGUGUUCUGUUCUCUUUGCCCUCCUCAGUUCACCAUCUGCUUUCCACCAUGAGUUGAAGCAGCAUGAGGCCCUCAUCAGAUGCCCUGCCUGAUCUUCGACUCCUUAGCCUUUGCAAUCAUGAGCCAAAAUAAAUCUCUUUUCUUUACAAAUUGCCCAGUCUCAGGUAUUCUGUUACAGCAAAAAAAAAAAA